AUGGAAGCUAUGCAGAUGACACCACCAGGGCACUCGCACGCCGGACUCGGUCUUGGGCGUGCGCCGCCCUUGCGCUCCAACACCACCCCCACCACCGGCUUCGACAGCCUCCAAGAACUCCUCGAACGCGAGGGAUACAAGGAGACCCGCAUCGUCACUCCGGCGCCGAAAGCGCCGGUGGUGAUGUCCAUUGACGAUGCGGACGAACUACCGGACGAGGGCCAAAAGCCCGACGGAUACCCCGACAUCCAGGCAUGGAUGAAAGGCAUGAUGGCCUCCCAAGCACAGGACACAGCCCACCCUGACGUCCACUACGACCCGCCGCAGCGGCGCGUGCUCAAGAGCAGCAAGAGCGAAGUCGCUCUGCGCUCCAUCCCGCGCCGCCGCAGCGUAAUCUGGGACGCAAGCCGCGCGUACCGCAGCGGCGUGCCCCCCAUGCCCGAGCCCAAAGCAGCGCCGGCCAUUCCAGGCGCCGCCUCGCUUUCGUUCCUCGCAUCGCCUGCUGCGCCGGUCGUCUCGAAAGAGGAUGCAGUGGUACACUGCGACGAGGAGCCGAAAGCUCCCUCGCGCGCGCUACGCCGCUCCAAGAGCCAAGACCUCUUGCAAAAGACUCUGCGGGGACGCAGCAGUACCAAGUCGCUGCGCCCUCAGCCGCCUGUAUGUAGCUGUGGCCGUGGCGCUGCGCGCUCGGCGAUGCGCUGGCGCAAAGCGGCAGCCAACGUCGAGCCGCGCUACCACGCGCACGACUGCCCGGUGCGUCUGACGUGGGAAGCGUCGACUGACGAACCGGUGCCGCCUGCGCCGCCGACGCUGAUGGUGUCGACGCCGCGUGGUGUGAGCGCUCCCAAGCAGCUCGGGUUAUCGGAACGCGACUACGAGCCGAGCGACAUGCAGCUGCUCUUCCGGCACCUUCCCCAGCCUCGCCUGGAUCUCGUGAAGCGCGCGACGAUUGCCGGUCUCUAUGGCCUUUUCCACGCCCCCGAGACGAUUUCGGAGCAGCAUCUGCUCGGCCCUCCGAGCCGGCGGCGCUCGCCGCGCAAGCGCGCGCCGCGGACAGUGUCGGUGCCUCAUCUGCGUAGCCUCGAUGGGCUGCGGACACCCUCGGGCUCACGGCGCCGCGUGCGGAGCGCGUCGGAGCGUAUUCACGCGCUCAAAGAGUCGGUCGACGAGCGGACCGCGACCGAUGCGGCGCCGCACUCGGAGAAGCAGCCUUAUGCGAUGCUCUCCAAGUUUGACGACGCCACGCAUCCCAUGUCACCCGACAAGGAGAACCAAGAGGACGAUGUGCUGAUGCAGAGUCCGACCAUGCAGCGCGCUUUGAGCCGCUCGCGCUCGCGCUCCAUCGCAGCGUUCGGCGAGGAGCGCCCGGUGCUUGGCGUUUCGGACGCUGCGCAGCGCAGCGUACUGGGCAGCAAUGCGCCUGCGCCGCCUCUGCCGCAGUCGCUUCCGCUCGCGCCCAGCGCGCUGCCCAUGGCUUUCCGGGAGCCCAAAAAUGCGCCUCAGUUACGCCCCAAGCUCGACGUGCGUAAGCCGAGCAAGACGCGGCCUGCGCCGAGCCACAGCCCGCCAAAACCAAACGUGCUCGGCACACGCACCGGCUUCUCGGACCCGUCCGAGGCGCGCACGCUCCGCCGCGCGCAGUCGAGCAAGGUGCUUCGGCCGCAGCGCAAGCCGUCGACGGCGGCGCUUGGGCUGGGCCUUGCGCUGCCGUCGGGCGGCGCACCAGCGCUCUUCUUUGACAACAAGGUGCACUGCUCGUACAGCUCGGCGAGCAGCUCGGAAGGCAUGCCCGAGCACCGCACGCGGCAGAAUAUCCCGCCCGUGCCGCCGAUCCCCAAAGCGUAG